UUCAUGGUGUUGGGAUUUAUGGCUCAAGAACAAGGAGUAUCAGUGGAUGAGGUCGCUGCCUCUGGUCCGGGACUUGCAUUCAUUGCUUAUCCCAAAGCUCUGGCUCAGAUGCCUGUGGCUCCACUGUGGUCUGUCUUCUUCUUCAUUAUGGUCAUAUUGCUGGGGCUUGACAGUCAGUUUGUCGGAGUUGAGGGUUUUGUGACAGCUAUUGUUGAUGCCUUUCCCCAAUAUCUGCGUGUAGGUCAUCGUAAGAUCUUCUUCAUAGCAUUUGCAUGCUGCAUCAAACUGCUGGUUGGACUCUCCAUGAUCACAAAUGGUGGAAUGUAUGUGUUCCAACUGUUUGACUACUACUCUGGGGGUCGUAUCAUCCUCCUCAUUGGCUUCAUAGAGUGUGCUGUUGUCUCCUGGGUCUAUGGCGCAUCCCGUUUCCAGGACAAUAUUCAGAUGAUGUUGGGUUUCAGAAUCAACCCUUUCAUGAAGUUUAUGUGGUGUUCCCUCUCACCCUUGUUUUGCAUUGUGAUAUUCAUCAUGAGUAUGGUCAGCUACUCUGAGUUGUCCUAUGAGAGACCUACUGUGACUUACCAGUACCCCCAGUGGGCUGUGGGCGUUGGCUGGACAAUGGCAUUCUUCUCUAUCAUCUGGAUCCCCAUCUACAUGAUAUACAGUAUCAUCAUGAACACUAACUUCAUCCAGUCGGCAAAAUUGUUGUUGAAGCCAAACUUGAAGGCCCAUCAGCUUCGUCCCGAGGAUGAAUGGGAGUUAGAGACCAAACCAAUAGAUGACGCUAUUGCAUCUGGCGAGAAUCACAUUAUUGGCAAUAAUUUUGCUUAUCCCAACCCAACAUUUAUAGAUACCGCAGAAAACACAAAGUUUUAAACAUUAAGUUUUAGAAAAAUGCCAAGUUUUAGCAAAAAUCUUUAGAGAUCCAUGGACUUAGAAAAACACUUCAUUUUACAAAUAUGAUUCAUAAGAAAGUUCACCAAUGGAACUGAAGAAACACAUUUGUCAAUAUAUAAACAUCUUAACAUUCCAACUAGGACAUUCCAUAAGACCUUAUAUUUUGAAAUUAAUAUAUAGUUAACAUAAUAACCUGAAUAGAUGGAACAAUUUUGAAUCUUGAGCAGUAUGUAUAUAUGUGUACUUGAGGGGCUUGCAUCCCUCCUUUAGUUUGGCAAAUCUUACUCCCAUUGGAUAGCACGUUAAGGCUUUUAUUUUAUGACUUUGAUGGUUUCUAAAUCACCGCACAUAAACAGGCUUGAACAUGUGAUCCAAUAUCAGAGAUUGGAUUUCCAAACUUUUGGAGAGGAGUGUAUAUUUAAAAUAAAAUGAUGUCACACAUUUACAGUGAUGCAAGGAUAUUGUAAGCUUUUUUCCACCAAAACCUCAUAAGCUCAAUGCUGAAAUUUUCGUUCUUUUGGAGAGCAGUGUACAUCUAAAAUAAUGAUUCACAUUUACAGUGAUACAAGAUUGUAAACUUUUUUUCACCAUAGGCUCAAUGCUGAAGUCUCUUACUUUUUGAAUAACAAUUUUAAUCUUAUACUGCAUUAAUAUGUAUAUAUAUUAUGACAGCUUUAUUAUGGACACAUAAAUGUAUAUUUUUAAUUCAUGAAGAAAAUAUUUGUACAUUUUAGGAUCACAUGAUUUUCUAAUCUUUAACAAUGCACACAUGUAUAUUGUAAUAUAUUUUUCAAUUUUGAUAGAUUCUAUUUAGAUAAUAUAUAUUUUUAAAGCUUGUAGAAAUACAUUCAGGACCUUUAUGCAGUUAUGCCAUAUAAGGCUCAAAACUUGAUGGAUUUGCUCAAAACCUGACAGAAAUGAUAAUUUACCUUUGGCUUUAUCAAAUCAAAAAUUUAUGUACACUGUAUUGAGUGUACAGAAAUUAUUUAAAAGGUAGACUCUUCAUUCAAGUUUUAGAGAGAAGUAUUUUUUAAAGAGAAAUGAGCUUGUUCCUGUUGAGGUUUUAUCUUCUGGAUACACUGUAUGUAAAUUCAUCCAAGGACCCUGUAAUGUAGACUUUACAUAAAGAUACAAAUAAAAAUCCUGAAACCAUUGCAAAA